AGAUUUCGUGGAAGAAAAAUCACGGAAAAACCUGUCGCGGAUUGCACGAUUAGGUGGCAGUGGAGAACCCUCGUCCCCUUCGACGAGGUAGAUGCGCAUAAACGAGCACAAAACAAUUUUGGCCGCGGUCCAGCGAAAUCGGUGACACGCCGUAUAUUAUUGGUGUCGCAUGGAUUUGAAAAUUUGGCCAGUGCGAGAUUUUUGGACCGCUGCCUGACAACUAUGGAGAUGGUAUCGAUGGAAAGUAAUUGCACGACACUUUCUACGCGAUUCGAGUAUGCAUUUAAACGUAGAAAUUUGGUUUGCUAUACAAUAUACGAGUGGAACUUGAAAGACGUGGCUUGCGCGGCUGGUAACGCAACACUCCAGCAAACUAUCCAAGCAGAAAUACGUAAUGAGACUACAUGUCAAUGGAUGGCACCACCGAUGUAUAAAGUUGAGUAG